UGCCUUUGUUCCUUCAUUGGCAGGUCUUUUGUAUUGGUUCCAAAUUAUGGAUUAGCACUGUCACUCUCAAGCUCACACUCUCCCACACUGUUUGUUUACAAUGCCACACGAUCUCUACGUCUUUGGCAGCAACGGCGAAGGCCAGUUGGGCGAAGGUAUCCCUGUUGCAGACAUUGUAAGCAAGCCGAUAAAGCUUCCACGGACACAAUUCAUCGGAGAUAUCAAGGACAUCAAGUGUGGCGACAAUCAUUCGCUACUUCUUCUCGCCGACAACUCGGUUUCUGGGAUCGGACGGAACAAUGUCGGCCAGAUGCUCCCUGACUGUGAUAGACCGCCCAGGCUCACGCGAUUUGAGGAACUGCACAACAACGUAUCCUUUUGUGCAGCUACUUGUGAAUCAUCGGCUAUCAUCAACUGUGUAAUGGGCUCCCCCAGUGUUGUCCUCACCAAGGGGCGCGGGCAAUGGGGCGAGCUGGGACGCGGAGACGAGUGUGACAUGUCUGAGUACAAGUACUUCGAACCUCACUACUUGAGAUCAAGCUUGCCAGGCAUGACGAUUGAUUUUGCUGCCGGUGUAUGGCACUAUGUUGCCCUUCAGGACGACGGCUCUGUGUACGGCUGGGGCAAAGCGCGUCUCGGGCAGCUGGGCGAUGCUCUUUCAAACAAAGUCAACAUUCCGACUAGAAUCGACAACAUCCCCUUUCAGCCACUGAGAGUGGUUUGCGGCAAGGACUUCACUUAUCUGGUUGGCGACACGUCCACGGGUGAGCACAAGAUAUUGGGCAAGGAUAAAUUCAACAUUCUUUCGGCCAUGCCACCAGACGUAAAAGGCUACAAAGACAUUGCAGCGACAUGGCAUGCUAUUUUCGUUCUGUUCGAUGAUGGACGCCUCACAGCAUGGGGCAAGGAGAAUCAGUGGAAGCUCCUUCCCGCAGACCUGCCACCCAUCGAAAGCAUCGCUGUUGGUACCGAUCAUAUCCUAGCGCUCACCAAGGAUGGCAAGCUUAUAUCAUGGGGCUGGGCCAAGCACGGCAACUGCGGUGACCUUUCCAAUAUCCGAGAAGAGAUCAAGAAUGACAUGAUUAGUGGGUUCUGGAACGACAUUGAUAUACCUGGCAAGAUCGCGAAGAUUGCCGCCGGAUACUGCACAAGCUUCGUCAUCACUGAAGUGGAAGACGAGCCGAGCCCGACAAAGAAGCUAGAGACCAUGAAGUGAGGAACAAGAAAGCACAUGUCUAGCAAUGCAACGCGUAUUGCAGGUGGGUGGGUAU